AUGGCAACGAUAGGUGCACGCCUCGUCUUGGUGGUAGUUCUGGCGGAUGCUGUCGCCGCAGCAGAUGAUGCCGAGUUCGCUUUUAAUCUUCUCUCGGAUGUUGCGCCGGUACUUGCGCUCUUUGGAGAGCAAUUUGCGAAACAGUUUAUGAGUGAAAGUCUGACAUGGUUUGACCAUCUCGUCUUCGCAAUGGUGCCACUAGGGAUUCUUACUGCUAUUACUGGUGCCAUCCGUGUCUACGGGCCCCAAGUUGCAAGGUCAUUCAUUGGACGCGCGAGAGAGAGCCGGGCGCUUGCUGAGAUCGAGAUUAUGUCGUCUACAUCGGAGGAAGUCUGCGAGCUUUUCAAUGGCAACUCAAUCGUCCGCGCCAUGGGCAAGCCUAAAAUUACGCAAUUCCUUGUUUUUCCAAAGGACUAUUCUGACCGCGAGAAAGAGUAUAGAAACUUUGACAACUCUCUCAGGUACACCAAAUCAGACUCAAAGGCGAAAAUGUCUGUCGAUAAGUCAUGUGGCAUUCAUUCCCUCAAGAGUGCCCAAACAGCGAAGGUUAUCACACGAAAAAAAUACCAGAGCCGCACCACUGCAUGGAUUCAACAACACUUGCAUAAGUUUUUGGAACGUCUUGUCCGGAGAAGAGGGGACGGCAAUACCGACAUGGAGAAGACGCUUGCCUCCGCCAAUUACAGUAAAGAUGAAGCCGAGAAUGUCCUCCCGGAACCACCGAAUCUUCAGUUGAACCUUUCAUCUGACUACUCAGACCAGGGCAGGCUAAAAAAGGGCAACGAAAUUCUUUUGGCGGCUAUUGUUGCCGUCAUUCUCCAAACUGGUCUAAUAGUACUCGCAGCUGUCAUGGCCUAUAACAUAAUCCCUGAAUCCUCUAGUCUUAUGGAAUCCAAGGUUUAUGGCUUUCCUUGCUACGCUGCUGGGUCUGUCCUGCUCUCGCUUGGUACUGGACUUUGCUCAAUUAUUGUUGAACAUAGCACCAUUGAGCACUCCUGGGAGAUAUCGGAUGACAAGGAUGAGGACUCUAAACCACGACUUAUAUGGCUCCAGCAAAAUCAGACAGUCAAUGACCAGACAUUCAACGGUUUUGUGAUUCUGGCCGGCUCAAAACGCCGAGUAAUCACUUCAAGACGAAGAAAUCCUGUCGCGGUGCGUCAAUCUAACAAUAAUUCUAGCUCCAAGACCACGAAGAUGAGCACUAAGAAUGAAGCAAGUACAUUCUGGCAGUGGUUGACGGUUGGUGCUGCUCUUUCGGCGGGUGUCGGCUUCACAGCCCAGUUCAUGGGUCUGCGUGGUCUUGCAUUCCCAUGUUCUAUUGCUCAGAUCGGUGCCAUCUUUCUCAUGGCUCUCAUUCGAGCUAUGGUUCGGCGACGCCUAGGACGGAUCCCUGAACAUUGCUCGGCACUCAAGGGACACGAGGCCGACUUGCUUGCAACACAAAUUGUUUUUUGCCCUGAAUUUCGAACGUUCUCUUGGUGCAAAAAGGAAGGAGAGCAAACCUCUGACUGGCAUAAAUCGCCUAGCACGUUGUGCUGUUGGAAAAUUUGCUCCCCAGAUCCUAAGCGGACCACCCCUUUUUGGUUUCAAAAACAUAACAAGAGUAGUGACAAGCCGCCCUCAGAACCACCAUCGAGCCAACAACUACUUCGUGUACGGGAGAGGCUUGGUGACCUAUGCAAGUGGACAUCCAAAUCGGCGGAGAGUGCUCUGUCACUAGCGCGGUCAAUAGAGCUUUUCAUGAACACUUUCUUCCCGCUGGCCCCAAGCGAGCGAAAGAUAGACAAGGAAGAAAAGCGACUUACUUCGCUGGACUGGUGGAUUGAAGCUAGUAGGUUAACGGACGACGGAAAAGCUGAAACAAAAGACUUCAUUCAUAUUCCUCUAGAUGGACGGAGGCCCGACCGCAAUUGGAAAGUGGAAACCGGGAAGGUCGAUGCUGUAUUGUCUCUCUGGAUGGCCACAAUUGUGGCAUCAAGUUUGGAGGGCCGAAAAAGCACGACUGGACCGGGACACUCUUCAAAAUCCUCCAGUCAGACUGAGGCCGACUGGAGACGCACCAAAGCUGGAGACGACCCGAGCUAUAAUUUCUGCCGUAUUAUCGGAGACAACUUGAAAAACAAUGUGCUCAAGCGAGAUAUAGCUUGGUGGGUCGAUAGCCUUGUCGCCGAGCAAAGCGAUUCAACAAUGAGAAGCGACGACACUUCUGAAGAUACUCAGCCUCCGGGUAGGGCUAGGAACGAUGGUGUGGAUCUUGUAAUCGGGUUCAAUGGCAGAUCUGACAACGGCGCGAUUCAAACGGGAGCCGUGGAAGACGGAUCAAAGACACCAACGCGUGACGAUUCUGCCUGUGAGCUUGCUAUUACUUCGAAGGCUGCUCUCCCCACAAUUCUGGCACAGCAUCUAUUUACACAUUUUAUGUGGACUAUUAUCGAUCAUCUACCGAAGAACAUGCUUCACUCUGACCCUGGGAGUGACCAAGACAAGGUCAUAAUAGAAGGGCUCCAAACGUUCGACUCCUACAAUUUUGCCCAGAGUUGGCUCCGACCCAGGCUCAGCCAUCGGCGUCUCACCAAAGCAGUCCGGACAAUGGAAUCUUACGGCUUAGGAAGCAUGACUGACAUUCUUCUCUGUAUGAUUCCAGCGCUUAGUUCCGCCAGGCUUUUGCCCAAUUUGGCGAUACUCAAGCUCAUGCCCCGUGUUGGCCCUCAUCAAGAAUGGAUAGAAACGGCGGCAUGUUAUAGGAAGCUUCUUGGCACAAUCGAGACAGAUAAAGUCGAUGAACAGGAUAGUGUCAGCGUUGCCAUCUUCACUCACACAAUGGAUUUCGUAUCCUUCGCUUAUGAGCCGUACGAUAAGCUGGCAAGCCAGGCAGAAGAACUUGACGAGACAAGCUUUGCACUAGAACUUGAUGAGCAACUUCGCAUCAUCGUCGAGGAGCUCGCUUCGUCUAGGUUUUUCACAAUCAUGGAAAAGCUUGCUCCAGUGUAUGAGCGUCAAUACCGCCUGAAGACAUUCAAAAGCAUCUUUAGUCGAUACAAGGCUUGGGAAGAUAUAGCCAACUACCUCAAAGAAUCCAAGGACCUAGAUGAGACUUUUGCAAAGAAUGCCUUGGGAUUUAGUCAACAGCAUUGCCGAGCAUUUUCAAGCAUAGAAGCUAUUUUUGAGUGGAUGUGGUUUCCGUAUAAUAAAAUGAGAAACGCAGAAAAUUCUAUGACAGCGCGGGAUAUUUUCGGCUGGUCGCCAUUUAAUUAUCUUUGCUACCGUACUACAAACAGAAUCAUCCGCAAUUUCAACCCCGAGUUAAUUGAGCGAUAUUGCAAGCUGGUUGACAAUCUUGGACGUAACCCUCUUCAGAUUGUUGCUCAAGGGGGCGUGCAUGUUAGUUUUGAGGCGAUGUUCGACAUGAUUAGCAACGAGAGGAAGAAAAGCAUUAUCUAUGCAAGUGGCAUGGAUGGCAUGACAACUCUUCAUCUGAUCGCGAAAAGCGGUGCCAUCGAUUCUUUGAAUCUAAUAGCCCCGUGGAUCAAGCGACUGCUCCCUAAGACGGACCUCUGGGGUCGUCAAGCAAUUCACAUUGCUGCCAAAUAUGGACACGACGAAAUCACUGAAAAGCUCUUAGACAUGGGGUCUCGGCCUGACCAGGUCGAUGAAAUAGGGAAAUCUCCUGUCGAUUAUUUCGUGGAAACAAAAAAAAGCAGUUGUGCUAGCGACGUCACUGAACAGGAGACCACCGGCCAAUCCACGCCCAGCAGCCUCAGUUCCACGCCCAGUAUUGUGUCAGUUCAGGAGAUUGUGCCAGUCUUGACCACUGGCGGCUCAUCGCCUGACGAUCUUUCUGGGAAGGGGGUAGCUCUGGGCGAGGAAGACAGUGCGCUGUUCUUGAAAUUUGGAACGAAAGACCAAAAUUGUCGAUAUAGCCAUGGUAAGACGCUUCUUCACAUUGCGGUUGACAUUCUCGAUGAAAGUGCGAUUAAAAAGAUGGUGAAUGAUAUGGAGUUCGACACGGAGGCACAGGACGAUGGCGGACAAACGCCUUUGCAUCACGCAAUCUUAGCAAGCAAUACAGGCGUAGCCCAGGCACUCAUUAAAGACUGCAAGGCUUGUAAAUCAGCCAAAGACGGUCGCAAAAACACGCCACUCAUGUUCGCUGUACAGAAAAAUCUCGCAGUCGUUGCCCAAGCACUCCUGGAGGAGCCGGAUCCGUGUGCUAUCGAUGAGACUAACGAUGAAGGCGAAUCUGCAAUUCACCUGGCCAAUACCCGACCAAUGGCUGAGUGGUUGGUUGAGAAAAAAUGCUGCAUAUUUAUAACAGACAAAAACGACAGAACAGCCCUACACGCGGCCAUAGAUGAUGAACGCGAGGAUGUCGCACUUUAUCUGAUAGAGCUUGCAUCAAGCUCGGAACCUUCUCUUCGCAACAACAAGGAGUCACUGCUUGUUGUAGCAUGCAAAAGCGGCAGUUCCAUGUUGAUCUCAAAAAUUCUCGAGAAAUGGCCCGAUAUAAUUAACCAAGAGGACGAAAUAUAUGGCCAGUCACCUUUAUCUUGGGCCUGCGAGAAUGGUCAUGAUAUGGUUGUGCAAAACUUACUUCAAUACCGCGACAUUAACGUCAAUCAUACGGCUUGUGAGUGGCGGAAAUACACUCCGUUACACUUUUCUGUUGAAUCGGAUAGCCCCAAGAUUAUAGAGCUUUUGCUCCAGCAUCCAAUGAUCAAGCCUAACGAGAAGGACAAGUAUGGUCAAUCACCAUUACAACUAGCUCUACAACUUGGGAACUUUGAAGUUGCUAGGAAGCUACUUUUACACCACGGAACAGCGUUCAAAGACAAGGUUCGUUGUUUUGAAGACUUCAUCGUCGAUUUGCCCGACAUAUUCGAACCUACCAUCAUCUUAAGUGUGCUCCAGGGGGUUGAAGAACAAUCCUUGGUUCCCGAGUUCGUGCUACGGGUGUUCAAUGACAUGAUGGUUCCGAAUACCCUAGAAACAGUCAAAGUCCUAGCAGAGGCUCUUAAGGGGGGCUCGUGGAAGGAGUUCGGCUUUCCAUACCGCAUUGCAGCUCCUCUUGGUGUUCCAGAGCUCGUGAAGGCCUUGAGUGAGCAGAAUGUAGAUCAUGAGGGUCUGGAUGAGGAUAAUUGGUCCUCGGCUGACUACAUCCAGCGCUUCGACCGCACUGGGGAAUUGUCAGCCAUUGUUACCCAUCUACAAAACUCAGGUGGGAACAAAACACCUGACCAUAAGGUGCCAACGACCCUGGCUUGGACUGUUUACAAGGAAGGUAUUGAAGUCACCCCGUGCGACGGUCAUAACAAUUGUACAAAAGUACACGGUAUGGUAUAUUCAUUUACUCACACUGAAAAGUGGACCUAA